CUGCAGUGGCGCAGUUGCAUAAAGAUCCUACCCUGGAUCAUCACUGGCAUCUCUGGAAGAAAACCUAUGGCAAACAAUACAAGGAAAAGGCUAAUUGGUAUUCCAUUAUGCAUGGAAUACAAUAUGUACCACACUUUUUUAUCCAUUCAUCUUUUAAUGGACACUUUAUAAGGUUGAUUCCAUAUCGUGACUAUUGUGAAUAAUGCUACAAUGAACCUGGAAGUGCAGCUACCUUGUUGACAUACUGAUUGUGCUUCCUUGGGACAUAUACCCAGAAGUGAGAUUGCUGGAUGAUAUGAAUGAAGAAGCAGUACGACGUCUCAUCUGGGAAAAGAAUCUAAAGUUUGUGAUGCUUCAUAAUCUGGAGCAUUCAAUGGGAAUGCACUCAUAUGAUCUGGGCAUGAACCACCUGGGAGACAUGACCAGUGAAGAAGUGAUGUCUUUGAUGAGUUCCCUGAGAGUUCCCAGCCAGUGGCAGAGAAAUAUCACAUAUAAGUCAAACGCUAAUCAGAUAUUGCCGGAUUCUGUGGACUGGAGAGAGAAAGGGUGUGUUACUGAAGUGAAAUAUCAAGGUUCUUGUGGUGCUUGCUGGGCUUUCAGUGCUGUGGGGGCCCUGGAAGCACAGCUGAAGCUGAAAACAGGAAAGCUGGUGUCUCUCAGUGCCCAGAACCUGGUGGAUUGCUCAACUGAAAAAUAUGGAAACAAAGGCUGCAAUGGUGGCUUCAUGACAAGGGCUUUCCAGUACAUCAUUGAUAACAACGGCAUCGACUCAGACGCUUCCUAUCCCUACAAAGCCACGGAUCAGAAGUGUCAAUAUGACUCAAAAUAUCGUGCUGCCACAUGUUCAAAGUAUACUGAACUUCCUUAUGGCAGAGAAGAUGUCCUGAAAGAAGUUGUGGCCAAUAAAGGCCCAGUGUCUGUUGGUGUGGAUGCGAGUCAUCCUUCUUUCUUCCUCUACAGAAGUGGUGUCUACUAUGAACCAUCCUGUACUGAGAAUGUGAAUCAUGGUGUACUUGUGGUUGGCUAUGGUGUUCUUAAUGGGAAAGAAUACUGGCUUGUGAAAAACAGCUGGGGCCGCAACUUUGGUGAAGAAGGAUAUAUUCGGAUGGCAAGAAAUAAAGGAAAUCAUUGUGGGAUUGCUAGUUUCCCCUCUUACCCAGAAAUCUAGAGAGGAUCUCUUCUUUUUAUAACAAAUCAAGAAAUACGAAGCACUUUCUCUUAACUUAAUUUUUCCUGCUGUAUCCAGAAGAAAUAAUUGUGUCACGAUUAAUGUGUAUUUACUGUACUAAUUAAAAAAUAUAGUUUGAGGCCGGGCACGGUGGCUCACGCCUGUAAUCCCAGUACUUUGGGAGGCCAAGGCAGGCAUAUCAACUUGAGGCCAGGAGUUAAAGACAGGCCUGGCUAACAUGGUGAAACCCCGUCUCUACUAAAAAUACAAAACAUUAGCGGAGCGUAAUGGUGCAUGCCUGUAAUCCCAGCUACUUGGGAGGCUGAAGCACAAGAUUCCUUGAACCCAAGAGGUUGAGGCUGUGGUGAGCUGAGACCACACCACUGUACUCUAGCUUGGACAACAGAGUGGAGACUCUGUUUCAAAAAAACAGAAAAGAUAAUAUAGUUUGAGUCUUCGUUUUUUAAAAUUUGCAAACCUCAGGAAAAAGUUUGCUAAGUAAAUUAGUAGUGUACUGUAGAUAUAACUGUAUAAAAAUUGUUCAACCUAAAACAAUCUGUCAUUGUUCAUUGUUUUAUUUUAUACUCUUUGUCUUUUUAAGACCCCUGAUAGCCUUUUGUAACUUGAUGGCUUAAAAGUACUUAAUAAAUCUGCCAUUUCAAAUUUC